CUAGCAAAAGUUUGCAUUUUACACUGUAUCGAUUAAGUUAACCCGAGGUUAGUAAGAGCAAAUUCUCGGAACCUAGUGGACUCUCUUGUGUUUUCAAGAAACUCAGUGGUGUCAGCAUAGAAAUUUUCACAAUAUUUAUAAGAAAUGGCGCGACAGUUCCUCUUUUGAGCUCCAAACUGUAAUCGCCGGCGAUGGACUUCAAAUGCUCCGAUUUGGGCCAGUGGAAGGAGGCCCUAUCUUCUUACGGAGUCCGUAUCGAGUCACUGAACAAGCCCAACCUCGUCUCGCUCGAUGAUUUCUACCGGAAUGAACUUCCCGGCGUUCUCCGGCAACGAAACCCUAGUUACAUUACAACCUCCGAACUCACCAAGCUCAUGCAAUGGAAGCUUACUAGAGGCAAAUGGAGGCCUAGGCUGUUGGAUUUUGUAUCAUCACUGGACGACGCUGUUGUGAGAUCUGCUUCAGAGAAGGCAUUUCAGUCUCUUCCUGAUAUCUCAAAAGCUAUUUCAGAACUCACUGUCUUGAAAGGCGUUGGUCCAGCUACGGCCUCCGCAGUUCUGGCUGCUUUCGCACCGGAUAUUGCACCUUUUAUGUCGGAUGAAGCAAUGGUGGCUGCAAAUGGUAACUCGAAAGACUAUACUCUGAAACAGUAUCUAGUUUUAGUGGACAAAUUGCAGGCAAAAUCCAAGGAGUUAUCUGCAAAAGGAGACUGUUUUACUCCUUCAGACGUUGAAAGGGCGCUGUGGAGUUCUGCUGUGGGUGCCAAAUUGGACGGCUUGUCACAAGAGCCUAAGGAGGUAAGCUUGAAGAGGCAGUCCAAGAGGAAGCGAGUACGGUGACCUGGAUGGUGCUGGUUGAGUUCAGUAGGUGUUGAUCAAUCAGUAAGUUUAAAGUUGUUCUUGUUUGUAAGGUUCCUAAACUGCAUGUAUAUAUUGCUAAUGUAAACCCUCAAAAGCACUUGUUUUUGUGUUUAUGCACACAAUCAAAGUCUAUAGCACUGCUAUCUAUCCUAACAUCUUUGAAGCAUUUUGUAUAAUUUGUGUUUAACGAUAAAGAGGACGAUGAAAAUUUAUUCA